CUGCCACCUAUCUAGUCUGAGAAAGUCCAGCCCAGGUCCAGCCCUGAGCAGGGAGUGAGCCUCUCAGCCAUGCCAGCCUGCUGCAGCUGGAAUGAGAUUUUCCAGUAUGAGACGAACAAAGUCACCCGGAUCCAGAGCACAAAUUAUGGAAGCAUUAAGUGGGUCUUGCAUGUGAUCGUCUUUUCCUACGUUAGCUUUGCUUUGGUGAGUGACAAGCUGUACCAGCGGAAAGAGCCUGUCAUCAGCUCUGUGCACACCAAGGUAAAAGGGAUAGCAGAGGUGAGAGAGGAGAUCAUGCAAGAUGGGAUGAAGAAGUCAGUGCACAGUGUGUUCGACACUGCGGACUACACCUUUCUUUUGCAGGGAAAUUCCUUCUUUGUGAUGACAAACUUUCUCAAGACAGAAGGCCAAGAGCAGGGGCUGUGCCCUGAGUAUCCCACCCGCAGGACACUCUGUUCCUCUGACCGGGGUUGUAAAAAGGGAUGGAUGGACCCGCAAAGCAAAGGAAUCCAGACCGGCAGGUGUAUAGCGUACAAAGGGAGCCAGAAGACUUGUGAAGUCUCUGCCUGGUGUCCCACUGAGGCGGUGGAGGAUCCCCCCCGGCCUGCACUUUUGAGCAGUGCUGAAAACUUCACUGUGCUCAUUAAGAACAAUAUCGACUUCCCUGGGCACAACUACACCACGAGAAACAUCUUGCCAAAUUUGAAUAUCACUUGUACCUUUCACAAGACUCAGAAUCCACAGUGUCCCAUUUUCCGACUAGGAGAUAUCUUCUGGGAAACAGGAGACAACUUUUCAGACGUGGCAAUUCAGGGAGGAAUCAUGGGCAUUGAGAUCUACUGGGACUGCAACCUGGACAGCUGGUCCCAUCACUGCCAUCCUAAAUAUAGUUUCCGCCGCCUGGACGACAAGAGCACCAAUGAGUCCUUGUACCCUGGCUACAACUUCAGGUAACAGCACUCCAGGUUGGACUUAGUCAACAGCUGACCCUGGAGCUUCAGGGCCUGGCUGAAUUGCAUCCCCAGCAGUAAGUAAGACUAGUUUGUUUUCCCAAGGCAACAAGAUGAGUGAAAAAGACUUCCCCUCGAGCUAGGUGGUGAUGUACAUGGUUUGUAAUGCAUAGACUUGGGCAGAAGAGAAAGGCAUAGAGGAAGAUGAAAACCACCUAUUAUUCCUCUACCCAGAGAUGAUCACUGAAAAUGCUUGGGUGAAUUUUCCUUUGUCUAUAUCCAUUCUUUCCUGAGGCUCACCUAAGGUCCUGUCACUCAUAUACUUCAGUAUUCAGCGAGUGCUUUUUUAUUCCCAGACCACUUGAAAUUCUCUGGCCAGCACAUUAAUGAUCCUAGCAUUCCACUGUAGUAGUAUACUGAUAGCAACUGCUGUAAGUUAAGAAGGGUUGUCUACCUACCGGGUGACCAGCCAUCCUCUCUGAACCCCCCAACCAGCCUGGAAGGUAGCUACUGGUGUUCCUGGUUAAAACUGGGAAAGGCUACAUUAUUUGUCCAGACUCACAGCUGCAAGUCAUAAUUCUUCUUUUUUCCAUAUAGCAUCCA